CACACACACACACACACACCUUUUUGCUUCAGUCUAUCCAUCCGGGAGUUGAGUUUCAGCGGAUCAGCAUAUGGGAGCAAACCAGAUGAAUCCCUUUGCAUUACUUCUAUGCAUCACCGACGAUACCAUUAUGUCCUCAAAGCACUUCAGGUUUUUGACAGUGGAAGAUGUGGGGGAUUCAAAACUCAUUGCGAAACCGUUGGUGCUGACAAGGCUAGCGCAUUUCCUUCUGGAUGCCCUUCGGGAACAGGGACGGGCCUCAAAGCCGCUCUCCAUCGCAGCAAUUGUCCCGGGGUCAGACAAAGCACUAGUAGUCGGCGUGACGCAUCGGCCACGACUCGGAGAUCGUUCUGGAAACAAGUUUGGCAUCUACUUCCGAAAAGCGGCGGAGAUGUGGGGAGGUGAUUUUAAGCAAGACGGUUUCGAAUCAUGCUGGUUAUGGCUCUGUUCGAAGGAAACCAGCAAGUUCUGGGACAUUCUUCAAGAUCAGUGGAUGUGAGAGAUGGUGUUUUUUUUUUUUUCUUCUUCUUCUUCUUCUUCUUCUUCUUCUUCUUCUUCUUCUUCUUCUUCUUAUUUCCAUGCAGCAUGCGGCCGCCCCUGCAGUCAACGUCACGUCAGGCUUUCCUUGCUGAUGGCAGGAUAUCUGACUAAGCCGUCGAUACCAUACGCUCUGCAGUGGCGACGAAGCUGCCGUCCACGGAACGGCCGCCUUUUCUAGUCUUCUACUGUCUACACAAGUAAAUGUGCUCAACUUUU